GGAAACGUCUGGUUUCUCGUUUUCUUUGGGAGAACGUUGGCCACGUGGCAGAAUUCCAACCAGAUAAAAAUCCUGAUCCAGCAUGGAAAAAAAAAUCCUUUGCCACAUUGACAUGGAUGGCAUGACUAGGAUAGUUCACAUGCACAAACAUAGAACUGAAGGGGAGAGUCACUUCCUCCCGGUGUAUCCGCCUUGUCUUCCAUGGCUCUAACCCUCACUUCCACUUCAUUUCUCCCAACAAUCACCCCACACUCGAGGCUAGGCGUCAAGAAGCCGAGAUUCACAGUGUUGGCCAAAACACCCUUCUCAGGAUUUCAGCUUCGCAAAACAAAAGUUGAGCCAACAUCGUCGGACGAUGAUACAAGCAACAAGAUAGGUCCUUUCAAUUUCAAUUUAAGUUUUGGGAAGGCGUCUGAUGUGAAUUCUUUGAUUCCAGUUGUGAAUAACCCUUUUCAAGGUUUAUCAUUCGUAAACGGUAGACGCAAAGACCCUGCCACUGUGUUUGUUGCUGGUGCUACCGGCCAGGCCGGCAUUCGCAUUGUGCAAACGCUGUUGCGUGAAGGUUUCAGUGUCAGGGCUGGUGUUCCCGAUCUUGGUCAGGCUCAGGAGUUGGCUCGUCUUGCUGUCCAGUACAAGAUAAUCUCAAAAGAAGAAUCAAAGCGCUUCAAUGCUGUUGAAUCCUCCUUCCAAAAUGCAGAAUCGAUUGCCAAAGCCAUUGGUAAUGCUAGCAAAGUUGUGGUCACAAUUGGCCCUUCAGAAAAUGGUCCUACCUCUGAGGUGUCUCCAUCAGAUGCAUCACAAGUUAUCCAGGCCGCCCAGCUGGCCGAAGUAGGCCAUGUUGCUUUAAUCUAUGAUGUGAACAAUGCUACUGCGUCGCCGUCGACUUACAAUGUGCUGGAUGGUAUCUCAUUAUUCUUCAAUGGCCUAUUCUCGCGGUCUCAGCAGCUGACUGUGACUGAGCUUUUGCGAGAACUUAUUGAAACUGAAGUUAAAUAUACAUUCAUAAAGACGAGCUUGACUGAUGAUUUUUCUCCAGAGAGUAAAUAUAAUGUUGUGGUGUCAGCUGAAGGAAAUGAUGGCUCAUACGACUACAAAGUUGCAAAGUCCCAGAUAGCAUCUUUGGUGGCGAACGUCUUUGCAAAUACUGCAGUGGCAGAAAAUAAGGUAGUGGAAGUAUCAACAAAUCCAUCAGCUCCGUUGAGGUCUGCAGAUGAGCUUUUCAGUGCCAUUCCUGAGGAUGGAAGAAGAAAAGCAUAUGUAGAGGCCCUUGCAAAGGCAAAAGCUGAGGAAGUUGCAAAGAUAGCUGCUGAGAAAGCUCUCGAAGCAGCUGAGACGGCACAGAAACUUGAGAAAGAGGUAAAAAAGCUUUCAGUGGAAGAAGCUAGAUCUGCUAGUCUAGCUCAAGAAGCUCAACAAAAGUCAGAGGCUGCAGGAACUUCAGUGGAAAGCCUACUUAGUAAAGCAAAUGAAAUCAGUUCAGGGUUUUCUUGGGAGAAAGUUAGUUCACAAAUUGCUACUGCAGUUCAAAAAACAAACGGGAAACCCCAAGUGCAGAUUGCCACUGUCAGGGGACAAGCCAAAGCUCGUUCACUCACCCCGAACAAAGCUGUUGUCAGACAAUCAACCCCGAAACUAAAACUGCCAUCUUUCAAACAGGAGAAGCCAAAACCAAAAGGCAAGGAAACGGAAUCAAAAGCAGAGGUGAGAAAGGUGUUCGGUGGCCUGUUUCAGCAAGAAACCAUAUAUGUUGAUGACUGAAACGGCAGUUUGCAACCCAUGUCAAAGGUGGACGUUAAAACGAGGCAUGUAAGUUUGUUGCUGAAAUUACCACUCUCAGUUGGCUUUUUUCUAAAGUCAUUUUUCAUAUAAGAAACUGUCCAAACUCCCAAGA